GAUAAUUAUUCUUCGCAGGUGGAAAUAAAAAAUUAUCAAGAUGUCAAAGGACCAGUAUAUCAAACGUUAAAAAAGACCUACAGAAAAAGAUGCUAACAGAGACUGAACGCGUCUUAUUUUCUGGAUGUCUUUCCAUCAUUAUCAUCGUUGGAGGAACCGCAAAUAUUUUUGUAUUAUACGUACUAUACCGCGAGAAAUCUUUACGAAGAAACAUAGCAAUUAUCUUCAUCAUAAAUCUAAUAAUUAUAGAUCUGUGCAACAUUAUUUUUGUUAUGCCGGUUUCUUUAGCAGCAGUGAGCUCACAGAGAUGGCGAAUCAGCGAAGGGCUAAAAGAUGCUACUUCUUUUGUUGCCCUUAUGAUAGAACUCGUCUCAAUGUUAGCAUUAGCCGCAAUUAGCCUGGAUAGAUUAGCCGCUGUGAUGAGACCACUGGUUUACAGGGCAAGAAUGACUGUAAAUAAAGCAAUGCAGUUAAACUCGUACAUAUGGUUCCAGUCUAUAGCCUUUGCGUUUGUUCCGUUACUGACGACAUGGUAUAUUUUUAAUGAAAGAUACAAAUCGUGUACGCUCAUUUCGUACAGUACUAAAGUUGGUUUUUACGUGUAUAUUGUCUGCCUGAUUGGUUUUAACUUCGUAUUUUCUCUUGUUGUAAUACUAGUCACAUAUUUUUACAUUUUCCGAGUAGCCAGAAGUCAUAGCAAAAGAAUAGCACAUGCAGUCCUGCCAAAAAGCAUUUUUAGCAUGAGUAAGACUAAAAUCCGACGCGAAAGUUUCAGACACAGAGAAGUUCGUACCGCAUGCAAAAUAUUGUUCGUUACCGGUGCUUUCAUCGUUUGCCACGUACCGUACGCCAUUAUACGUAUAGUCGAGUUGUCACGCCAAAGAAAUCAUUAUAGCUUACCGCACACAUUAACUGUAGCAUCCAAGUGGGCGUCAUACUCAAAAAGCUCCUUUGAUCCAUUCAUAUAUUGUUUAUUACAAAAACGAUUCCGUAAAGCUUUCAUGAAACUACUUUUCCGUAAGCAUAACUCUACCAACUUGAAACGUUCGCUGCAGUCGGAGCGAAGAAGCACAAGAGAAACAAACUGUGAAGAAGCAUGGUUUCGAUACAAUUCGUUUACGAAAACUAGCAGUACGUAUAAGUCUAGAAGCCGUUCAAAUUCUGACAAAGAUAAUCCACCAGUAGCAAGUGAAAACAAAACAGUCAACCGGGAUUCCGAAUGUUGAGCCUGGUAUUAGAUUUUCACACCGUCCGCAUGUAUUUUUAAUGUAUUACCUUCAGUAGUUUAAACUUCACACUUAUUUUUCAAUUUCUUUUCCAGGGCUUUAUUUUUUCCUUCUGAUAUGUGGCUAGCGCGCAUUUUGGAAACAAAAAAGAAGCUCUGGGGUCGAAAUUGAGACGAAAUAUUAAUAUAUCGAUUGUUCGCGAAAUUUAAAAACAAAUUAAAUUCGUCCCUAUGA